AUGACAACGCCCGCGCGGCCGGGCAGCAGCCAUCACAAUCACGCCCAUAAUUACAACCACAACCACCUCGACGCCUCCGCUAACCCCAACGCGACCACCGCCGCUGCUACUGUUUCUGCUCGCAGUCCCUCAUCGCCGACACGAUUCGACAACCCUCGCCCAUCAAUAUCGCCGCUCAGUGCCAAAGCUUCGCCCAGCGCAAUCCGCGAACAUGCAGUACAGCCUGACCCGGCCGCGACGGCGACCUCGCGCAAUCAUGAUGACGACGAUGGCUCGAGCAUUCUCAGCGAGCCCGAAGACGAGCUAGAUGCCCAAGCUCAGCAGAGCCAACCUGACCAUGUCCUGGCGACGUCGGAGGAGCUCGCGGCGCAUCAGUCGCUGGAGGUAGAUUCCGAGGCCGAAACAGAGCGACUUGACCAGACACCUCACAAAAAUCGUAUACAGAUCGGAGAAACUGGUAAAACACCAAGCAAACUGAUUCAAGCUGCAACGCUGGAGGAUGAGCUGUCCGAUCCUCCAUCGCCUCUACCCACUGGCCUCGGCGCAACGUCUAGCACGAGCACCACAGACACGCUGGGUAAGAAGCGGAAGCGAUCCGAUACCGCGGACAGCUCGUUGAGCAGCGCAGACUCAGAACUCGCUGAAUCCCCGCGAAAACGAAGCCAUAGCGCGGCUCCCACAAACGUGCCCGGAACCACUUUAGCAGACGCAGAAAAUACUGCAGUAGAGCCCCAGGAUACCGCAGAGGAGUUGGCUGUGGUGUCGGAACUUAAGCAGCCAGAGGUUCCCACGUCGUCUGCCAAGGGCAAUGGAAAGGCUAAACGAGGCCCCAAACCAAAAGGCCGAGGGAAAAAGGACGCAAACAAGGAUGCAGGAGCUGAGGAUCCAGAAACUGUGGCUCAAACAGCCGAGCAGAGCGCAGAAGCGAAAGCAAAAGCCGCAGAAGAAGUGAAGCACAAGCCUGCUGCUGCGAUAGCCUUUGAAGAACUGGCCAAGCAGUUUGCUGCCUUCCGCGAGAAGAUGAUCAACGAAAAGCUAGCUGCAACGAACGCUGAAUUAGAUCUGCUCAAUCAGCCGGACAGCAGACACCCGGAGUAUCUACGACAGAUCGCUUGCGUCAAUGUCCGCAAAGCGAAGCAAGUGAGCGAGGCUCACGCUUUCUACAAGUUCAAGCUGGAAAGCCUUCGCCGCACGACGCUUGGUGAGCGGAGCCAGCUCCACAGUCAGUACUUCCAGCAUGCUCGACAGCUGCGGGAAGAUGUUAUGCAGCAACUCGGCGAUGAUUGGUACAAGAUACAAAAUGAACGACGGCAAAACAAUCAGCAGGAAGACGAAAGCUACAUUUAUAAAUUUCCCACCAAAAAGAGCGAUCAGAUCAAGCAGCAGGCGAAAUACAACCAAGAAGUGUCCGUGCUCAGCGGCGUUGCGAAGUACAUUGGAUUUCCCGCUGCGCCGAACAUCACUGGCGCCGAUCGCGACAUGUUGGAAGACGAUCUGAAGGCUAUGAAGAUAUCCAAGCGUACUCAGCAGCCGGCUUCACACUCCCAACCCGUUUACUUUCCAAACAGAGCCACCCUGAUUCCGCCACAGAGUGAACGCAUUGCUCAUGAGCAGUUCAUCGAACAGAAUCCAUGGGCUCGUCCGCAGGGCCCAAUGAUGAACCACCUCACUCCUAACAUAGCUCAUACUCCGGAUUGGGCAGAGCCAGGUACCGGCACGAAGCAAUUUGCCAGAAACCUCGGCAUCGCAGUUGGACCUUCUCAGCGUGUGAGUCCACAUGCUACACCCCUGCCUCAGCGCCGAGCGCUGUUCGAGCAAUCGAGCGCUGGCACUACACAUGCCAGCAGCGACCCUACAGACCCUCUUCCGAGCGCAGAUCGAGCGAAACAACUUAAUUCAGAUAAGGACUUGGCAUCACCUUUGAUUGUGACCAAACACAGGCUGAACGGCGACCAGCUGACUGGGUUUCGCAACAUUUCGAACAUUUCUGGAGCGAGCACGAUUGAUGCGCCAGGAUCAGCCGAAAAAGAGCCCAGCACAGCUGCUUUUCUGCCAAGUGCGGCGAAAGAGGUCAGCGGAGCUCAGCACGAUUUUGACACGACUCCGCUACAGCGACAAGUGGCCGAAGUGAGACGGCAAUCUGAGCAGCAGCCCUUCAGAGGCCCCGGUGAAGGCGUGGUGCAUGCAUCCGGGGAGCGAUCGUGACGCUGGGCCAUGCGACCGUGAAUUGUAUAGCAGUAGCAUGUUGGUGGUUUAUGAUGAAGAUCGGAAGGACAGGCAGGCAGUCCGUGCCGAAGGGAUGACCACAUGGCAGACCACGUCGCACUUGCACUCUCCCUCUCCCACUCAUAAUAUUGUUAGAAUAGGUAGAUACCCAGCGCACAGUGCUCAUGAAUGACAACGAAGAAGUGC